AUGGAGUUUCGAGCAAAUGCAGAAGUAAAGGCCAUGACUGGGCUGGGAGGAUUCCUCUUGGAAUUCCUCCGCUCGGCUGCGGGUCUGGGCUCCCUGGCCCCGCAGCUGCCGCAUUUCAUCCGGGUGGAGACUCAGAAGCAGCGCUUCCAGCAGCUGGUGCACCAGAGGACGGAACUUAGUUGGGAGAAGUGCGUGGACAAGCCUGGGCCAGAGUUGGACGGCCGGGCUGAGGCCUGUUUUGUGAACUGCAUUGAACGCUUCACUGAUACAAGCCAAUUCAUCUUGAAUCGCCGGAAACAGACCCAGAAAGCCAAGCCAGUCUUCUCAGAACGUCUUUCUGACUGA